AUGGCUUUCAUAACUCAAUGCAUUACUGCUAAACAAAAAAAGCAUAUAACUGAAGUGGAAAUCGUUUUGGAAUUAAGAUCCAUUGUUCUGAAACUGAAUAUAUUUUCUGAUCCUUCCACAACCCUCAAAAUGAAAUAUAAUCAGCAAGGAAAUGAUACAUUGGUGGUUUGCAAAAAGCAAAAUGUAGAUUGGACAGUUGAAAACCGAUAUUUCAUGACAAUCUUUGUUCAAGAACUUGAAGAAAUUUUAUUGGAUCCAGAAUUGGAUUUGAAACGUUUCAAAUUCCUAUACAACCCCUCAGGCUCGUUUGACUUGUCUUACAUACGAGAGUACAUGGACCCGUUAAUUAGUCGAUUCUAUGAAAACUUGUGGAGAACUUUGAAGCUGAGAAGAUCGAGAAUCAAUGUCAAAAUUGUUUUCCUUCAAGCUAGAGACAUUGCACAAGUUUGUUUGGUUCUAUCUCAGAUCGACUACAAAUCUAUUAAGUUUAUAUGGCUGGGAAUGGAAUUUGGUGACAAUAUUGUCAAAAUCGGAGAAUUGGUGUCGUUGGCUUGUAAUCAGUGGAAAUACGCAAAAGGUCUAACGAUGAGAAUGAAACUGAACUUGGUCACCACAAAAAAUUUGGAUGAAGUUAAAAAGGUGAGACACAUGUAG